AUGGUGGAGAUGACUCAAAGGCAUCAGGUGGAGAAUGGAUCCUUCAAGAAUGGGGCCUUUUUCAGAGUUGGAGAAUAUGAUGCUAGAGAGUUGGUGCGUAAUCAGAGCGGCUGUGGGUGGAACAAUGUAACAAAGACUCCAACACUUGAUGAUGAUGUCUUUGAAGCAUUGAUUAAGGUUCACCCAAACUACAAGAAUCUUAAUAGGAAGCCCUUCCCAUUCUAUGAUGAAUUGCUAAAGACACCAAUUGAUGUAGAAGGCCAAAGGAUUGAGAGCUUUAUGGAAGAUUUGAUCAAUGAAGGGAUUGAGAUCUCCCAGAGAGCGGCUGUGACCCCACCAGCUCAACCAAUACAAGGGGCCAGCAACUCCGAUAUGAAGAAGAAGGCUAUAAAGAAGGAGAACAAGACUGACAAUGCAAUUGUUGCUGUGGCCGAGGAACUGGGAGGAUUGAAGCCUAUAAUAUCGAAGGCACUUGAUGCUCUUGGAUCAAUUGUAGGUGAUAGUGAGGAAGAGGAUGAUAGGGAGGCUGCAUUGAUGGCAGAAAUAGGAAAAAUUCAAGGACUGGAAUGCUGGCAAGUCCUUGAUGCUGGAAUGACCUUAGUUGAGAAUGAUCGGAAGACAAGAUUCUUCUAUGCUCUCGACAAUGAGGAGGACAAGAAGUAUUUCAUUCAAAACUUGUUACGUUGA